AUGUCGUCUUCCCCGCACUCGCGGCCCAUCCGGCGACUCCUAGUCGCCAACAGAGGUGAAAUUGCGGUGCGAAUUUUGCAUGCCGCCCGGGAGUUGACCCAUCCAGUUGAGACAUUUGGUCUGUACACAUCGGACGACCGUUCGCACUGCGAAAUAGGACGACCGGAUCAUGCAAUUGAGAUUCCAUCUGCCUCAUCUUACCUGGACAUACCUCUGCUUGUAGACCUUGCCCAGAAGCAUUCUAUCGAUUCUAUCCACCCCGGUUAUGGCUUUCUUAGCGAAAGCGCCGAAUUUUCGUAUCAAAUGUGGCAUGAUGCAGGCGCUAUCGUGAUAGGACCAGGCUGGGAGAACCUCGCUCGCACGGGGAACAAGCUUCAAGCCAAACGCUUAGCAGAGCAAUGCGGUGUGCCGGUCUUGAGAGCUAUGGACCAACCUACUGGGAGCGUUGAUGAGGCACGCACCUUCGCUACGCAGGUUGGUUUCCCCGUUAUGAUUAAAGCUGUUGAUGGAGGUGGCGGUCGCGGUAUUCGCCUUGUACAGGAGGAACAGGAGCUGGAAAAUAGUGUACAGCGUGCUAUUGGCGAGUCACCAUCCCGUACGGUGUUUGUCGAGGAAGCGGCGGUACAUGGGUUCCAUCAUGUCGAGAUCCAAGUCGUCGGUGAUGGUACCGGCCAAGUUCGUCAUCUAUGGGAGCGAGAUUGCAGUGUACAACGCCGCUUUCAGAAAGUUGUGGAGUGUGCCCCGGCUCUAAUGCAGGACCGAGAUUUAAUCAGUCGAGUGAUCGACUCGGCUUUGAAGAUGGCGAGUGAGAUUCGUUACCGAUCUCUAGGUACAUUCGAAUUUCUCGUCAAUGAGCAGUGCGGCGAAUUCUAUUUCCUGGAGGUCAAUCCGCGUCUUCAAGUGGAGCACACCAUUACUGAAUCGAUCAGUGGAAUAGAUCUGGUGCAGACACAACUGCUACUAUCCGAAGGUUACUCCCUAAGUGACCUUGGACUUGGAGCCACAGUCAACGCCAGAGUAUCGCCGCCAGCGAAUUGUUUCUCAAUCCAACUCCGGCUAUGUGCCGAGGAUCCAAGCAAUAAUUUUGCUCUCAGCAUUGGCAAGGUUACUGAAUUUAACGUUCCUACUGGAAACGGGAUUCGGGUAGACUCUAAUGUGGCCGGAAAUAACCCGUUGGUUGUGGGUUCGAGUUUUGACAAUCUCCUCGCCAAGAUUAUCGUCACCGCAUGUAGCUGGGAAGGAACAGUCAGAAAAGCCCAACGUGUCUUGCAUGACACUAGGGUUUCUGGAGUAAAGACGAACAUCAACCUCUUGCGUGGUAUUGUGGCUCAUGCAGAUUUUAUGGCCGGCAAAGUUGACACGCAGUGGCUGGGAUCAAAAUUUAAUGAAGUCGUGGAGAUUGGGGAGAAAGUAUCGAAAGCAAUUCUCAAUAAAGAAGGAUCAACCGGUUCUUCUUCACAGCAACCACUCGCGCAGGGAAGUAUGCCGGCGUCGAGUCUGUUAUUCCGCAAAGGCGAUGCAUGGUCCAUCACGCUGGAAACUCUGUCAAAGGAUGGCUCCAAGCAGACAGAUAAGAUCGCCCACCAUCUUCGUCUUUCUCGGGUGCUUCGCAACGAAUUCCCCACCUCCCUUGCGGCUGAAAUUGAGUACACUACUCCGUCGUCACAGACUGCCGUUCCAUAUCGCAUGCAUCUUGAGACCACUUCGACUGCAGCGUCAGCUCUGGUUUCUUCAUCACACCGACGUGGUGAUCCCAAGAACCCAAGACAUGUAGUCCUUCCUCUCUCUGGAAAACUCAUUGAGAUUUUAGUUGCCGAGGGAGAAGACGUUGCGGAGAACCAAGUGCUUGCGUUCGUGAAGCAGAUGAAGAUGGAGUUGGAAGUAAGAAGUCCUCAUGCAGGGAAGGUCAAGUGGGUAUAUGAGAUGGAAGACGAGGAGGAGGAUGUUGCCGAGGGCAUGCUUCUUGUUGAAUUGGAGGAUGGACCAAGCCGAGCCAACGGCGUGGAACUGAGAGGCAAGCUGUAA